UUCCCCUUCAAUGCGGGAAGCUAAUUGAAGCAUCCGAUCUUCGAAUUUAAACCCUAAACCCUCAGAUAAAGCUGUCGCCUUUGAACCUGAGCAGCAUGGCCUGCAAUGGCUCCAACUGCCAAUCCAAUUGCCACAGAGAUGAGGACGAUCCCUCCGCCAAAUCGGACGUCGCCGGCUCAGCCGCCGCCGCCGCCGCCUCCGUCCACAGCUCCGGGGCCGUCUGCGUCAAGUGCAAGGCCAACGAGCCGAUUCCCGCCGCCGUCGCCCGCGGCGGCGAGGUCGGCCGGUUCUGCGCCGACUGCUUCCGGAGCAACGUGUUCGCCAAGUUCAGGCACGCCGUCACCUCCAACGCCAUGAUCUCUCCCGCGGACAACGUUCUCGUCGCCUUCUCCGGUGGCCAUGCCUCCAGGGUGGCUUUGCAGUUUGUGCAUGAUAUGCAAUACAAGGCGCAAAAGAACUUUGAUGCGAGUAGGGAUAGAUCGUUGCCAGUGUUUGGUGUUGGAGUUGCUUUCAUCGAUGAAUGCACUGCUUAUCCGAUUCCGUCGAGUGAAAUGGAUAGAGUACUUGGAGAUAUCAAGUUAAUGGUAUCGCAACUAUCCCCACCCACUAAAGAGCUGCAUAUCUUUCCUAUAGAAAGUGUCUAUUCUGAAGGGUCAAGAGACAGCAAAGACCGGUUAAAGGAGCUACUAGAUAGAGUUACUGACGCUACUGGGAAAGAAGAUCUUCUGCUGCACUUGAGAAUGUUGUCCUUGCAAAAGAUCGCCUCUGAUAACGGAUACAAUAGAAUCGUGUUGGGAUCGUGCACUUCAAGAAUUGCUAGCCAUGUCCUCUCUGCCACCGUGAAGGGCCAGGGCUAUUCAUUACCUGCAGAUAUACAAUACGUUGACGCUAGGUGGGGGGUCCCUUUAGUUCUUCCACUUCACGAUUGCCUUGCGCAAGAGCUCAGCAUGCUAUGCCGUCUAGAUGGCCUUAAGACUGUAGAGUUGCCUAAUGGACCAUGCUCCAGCAUCAACAGCUUGGUGUCAUCAUUUGUAGCUUUGCUUCAGGAAGAAAAUCCUUCUCGUGAGUGCACGAUUGUGAGAACCGCUGGAAAGCUCACCCCAUUUCACUUUAAUAGGAUUCCGGAGAUUAAUGAUUGUAAUGUUCCUUUGGCGACCCGACGACGCCAGAAGAGGUCCAAUCUCAAGCUUAAUGGAUCCAUAUCCUUGGAAUCUUUUUGUCCCAUAUGCUACAGCCCACUAAACAAAUCUGACUUGCCGGCUUUAGGCAGUCUCGAGACUCGACAAUCAGCCUCUGAUGUUUUUGGUGCUGCCUGCUGUUCUAGUUGUCAGUUCCAAAUACUUCCUCGGGACGCCUCUGAUAUGGAGCAGUUCUAUUCACUUUUGCCUGAGGCACUGGCUUCCCAAGCAAAACAAACCAAUAAAUAUGAUUUUAACCCACUAAGGGAGCAAAUUCAGGAUUACUUGCUUUCAGACAGUGAGACUGACCCUUGAAGUCUUCUACUAUUAAUAGCCCUUUUAUGGCGUCAAUUUUGGGAGCAUCAUUCUUUCUUUUGAGCAGGAGUUCAUCGCAGUUCUUGGAGCUCUUGCAUUUUAAUCCAUUGCUCAGUUUUAGCAGUUGACUUGUGCUCGAGCAACUGUGCACAGAGGCAAUACCCUGAAAUAGGUGGUCAUUUGCUAAAUGGCUCUGGGACAUUUAUCUAUUACCAAGUAUCGACAUCUGCAGAGGAUUUUGGCUGCCUGUAAGAAAAAAAAUGGGAGAAAUAUUUUAUUUGUAUUCAAAUAUCAUUUUUCUUGGUUUCUUUUUGUUCUAAAAUGUUUUUUUCUCUUGAAUUAUGUUUUGGGUGGAUUAUAUAUAGAAUCGAAUGCACACUCAUGUGAGUGCUCAAAUAACCGAUC